AUGGUCACCACAUUGUGGGAUGAUGGCUGGGAGAAAGGGGGAACAGAAGGAGGAGGUGAUACAGAUUCUUUCUCGGGCUCCCUGCAACGUUGGCCUCUUCUUCGCCCCCCGAUUGGCUUUGGGGGCUCCCACCCCCCCUCCUCAGCAGCUUCAGAGCUCAGCCUAACAGAGUUAGAAAGGAGAGCCAGGGAGCUGGACUCUGACCUAGAGCACCUAGACCUGUCUCAGCCCCAUAGGGACACCCAGGAUUUGUACCAAACACUGCUGGAGUCACAGAGGGAACGAGCUGACAUGUACCAAACACACCCUGGGCCGCAGAGAGAGAAAGCUGCCCUCUUGACUGGUGUGGGAAGCAGAUCCCAGGUCAGUUUGGAGCUCAGUGCUCUGGCCUCACCAGCUAUGGACACAGACAGACAGUCUGUUGACUGGUCAACCAAAUCUGCUGGGACUUCCACUGUUGGCACAAGCUCCACUAAGGAGGACAGCUCUCCAGACUCCAACGUUACACUGGAGUCCGACUCCAGUGGCGUCUUCCUCUCCUUAUCCAAUCAGAGCCAGGAGGAGGCUGGCUCUGACAGCGACCAGCCAAUCAGUGGCUCCGACCUAGGCAGCAGCAGCACAUCACUGGAGAAAGACGGGGAUGAUGCAGGGUUAAAGGAAUGGGGGAGGGAAGAGAGUACAGAGCUUCAGUGGUGCUACCCAUCACUCCUCAACACUUCCUUGCAUGAAGACAUAGAAGGAGAUGGCGAAAGAGAGGAAGCAUGGCAUGGAAAGAUGGGGGGAGACGAAGAGAGAGGAAUAGAUGAGAAUGGAAGGAGAGCUGAUAAGAUAGGAACGGUUUCAGUUAUUGAGACCUCACUUGACCAUACAGAUGAGGGAUCCACAACUAUAAAUGCCCCACAAAGUGAAGAAAUACCACACAGGAAAAAAGUGACCCUCAUGGGAAGUCCUCCCCUUCCUCUGUCUCCCUCAAAACAACAGAUCAAACACCUUCUAGAUCCUAAUCAGAAGCCAAUCAGAAGCUCAGGACUGGACUGUGGUGACUUAGAUCCCUUUGUCCAAUCGGACAGCUUUGUUUACCUUGCCGUGUCUGCAAGACCUGCCUCCAGGGGUGAAGUCGCCACAUUGACAGAAGUUCCCACCCAUGAUACUAAACAAGACAGUGUACGGCAACAUUCAGACAGCAUGAAAACACACUUGGACCAGUCGAAUACAGAACGGGAUGCCAAGCUGACUCACCUUGUCCCACAAAAACUAGAGGAAGGAGACUUUCUGUGCACUGACAGCUUUGUCUAUCUGGCUGCUCCAGCCUGCCUCCUACUGGGCCCCGCAGGAACCACACCCUACAGCGGCAGGGAGUCAGACUCGGAGAGUUCAGGAUCUGGCCCUGUUGAUCUAUCAGUACUGGGUUGUGGCUCAGUGGCAGGGGACAGUGACUGGGACUCAGACCUGUCCGAUUCCGAUCCCAGUCGCUCCUCCAGAAUCUCAGCUGCUGGUAACAAAUCUGCACGGCCCAAGCGGCUGCCUGCUGAACCAGGCUGGGACUUGUUCGGAGAAACCACUGAACCUGAAGUGCUGAGUGAGCUCUUCACAGAACAGGACAGAAACAUCAAUGGCAAAGCAAGGAAGGUGACCGGGGUUUCCACCAGCAUGGCAGGGACACAAGCCAUUCCCACAUCAACUCAGCCUGUCACUACGCCAAUGAAGGCAGCGACACCAGCAGAGCAGUCGUCAACAACAAAGAAGGUGACAUGGCAGUUUAAACCUGCCCAGAGGUCAGUCUGCACAGGAAGCAGAAAGGAGAAAGAAAAAGAAGCAACAUCAUCGUCUUUGGUAAGGUUCACCGAACUGGGAGGAGGCGAGAACCAUAGACCCUCCCCUUCAUCUUCAUCAUCUUCAUCAUCGUCACCGUCAUCUUCCUCUUCUGGUUGAUUUGUGAAGGAAAUAAUUUUUGUUUGACCAUUUAGAAGGAGCUUUCAUUGCUUGAAAAUGAAUUGGUUGCAAAACGGUAGAAAACAUGUAUAACUUAUAAACUGAUGGCUAUAGCUUUUUUGCCUGUAAAUUCUGACUUUUGCAUCAGCUGCUGCCAUUGCCUUCUUAUGACCUUAUACAGUAAAGGCUGCCAAAAAAACUGUUAAUUGUUGCAUUUUCAGAGAUUAGCCUAC